AUGGAUUUGCCUGCGAACCUGACCUUCCCGUCCGCCUGCCCGUCGGACGCCAACCGCAGCCUCGGCGCCCAGGACCUGCUUCCCGGCCCGCCCCUCCUCUCCGUCUUCGGUGUGCUCCUUCUGACCUUGCUGGGCUUCCUGGUCGCGGCGACUUUCGCGUGGAACCUGCUGGUGCUGGCGACCAUCCUCCGUGUGCGCACCUUCCACCGCGUGCCACACAACCUGGUGGCGUCCAUGGCCAUCUCGGACGUGCUGGUGGCCGCGCUGGUCAUGCCCCUGAGCCUGGUGCAUGAGCUGUCCGGGCGCCGCUGGCAGCUGGGCCGGAGGCUGUGCCAGCUAUGGGUCGCAUGCGACGUGCUCUGCUGCACAGCCAGCAUCUGGAACGUGACGGCCAUCGCCCUGGACCGCUACUGGUCCAUCACCCACCACCUGGAGUACACGCUCCGCGCCCGAAGGCGCGUCUCCAACCUGAUGAUCGCGCUCACCUGGGCGCUGGCCGCCAUCAUCUCUCUGGCCCCGCUGCUUUUCGGCUGGGGAGAGACGUACUCGGAGGGCAGUGGGGAGUGCCAGGUGAGCCGGGAGCCCUCCUACGCCGUGUUCUCCACCGUGGGCGCGUUCUACCUGCCACUGGGUGUGGUGCUCUUCGUGUACUGGAAGGUCUACAAGGCCGCCAAGCUGCGUGUGGGCCCCAGGAAGGCCAACAGCGUCUCCCCCGCGUCCGAGGUGGCCGAGGUGAAGGACGCAGCACAGCAGCCCCAGACCGUGUUCACCGUCCGCCACGCCACCGUCACGUUCCAGACUGAAGGGGACACGUGGCGGGAGCAGAGGGAGCAGCGGGCUGCCCUCAUGGUGGGCAUCCUCAUCGGGGUGUUCGUGCUCUGCUGGAUCCCCUUCUUCGUCACCGAGCUCAUCGGCCCGCUCUGCUCCUGUGACGUCCCUGCCGUCUGGAAAAGCAUCUUCCUCUGGCUCGGCUACUCCAAUUCCUUUUUCAACCCCCUGAUCUACACGGCUUUCAACAAGAACUACAACAGCGCCUUCAGGAACUUCUUUUCCAGGCAGCACUGAGCAGGGGCGGAGCCAUCAUGCCAUGGAUGUCGGCUCAGUGUGUGCCACAUCGCAGCCGCCAGCCGCAAGCUACUUCGAGGGCUCUUUCCUGGGUCUCCUCGGAACGAAAGCAGCCUCAGGCGGCACUCGCGGCAGGAGCAGGCAGUUUCGGUGACCUCGCCUCUUGGGCUUACCUAAAGGCCUGACUGUACCAACAGCCACGGACUUGGUCAACGGAGCACCCUUUCUCGCCUGGGGAGACCAGCUUGGCUGCUGUCAUUGUCCUAGGGAAGUCAAGCCAGGCAGAUGAGAGGGACAGAAAAGAAUCCGGGGACAUCUGGGGGCGGAGACCAUACUUCUUGCUUUCUGUAUAGUCCCCAUUUCAGAUACCCCGUUCUGUGGUCCUAGCAAAGCGCACCUAAUCUUUAGAGGCUAGAUCCCAGUAGUUGACCACAAUCUUGUCCCCAACCUAUAUAGCCCCACCUAUGAGACCAGUGAAUAUCGGCUGUAAGGGUUCCCUGUGGCAACUCCACACACACACACACAAACACACACACGCACUCACACAUUCACACACUCACACACACACUCACACACACACACACGCAGCCAUAGGAGGGGCGACUGCACCAGGCGGCUGGUCUAGCCCAAAUGCAGCCCACCCAUGUGGAACAGCACUCCGAGUCCAAUCAGAAGCUACCCUAACAUUUUGGAGCACCUGUUCACAAACGACAGCACACCUGCCGUUUCAGAAGCCCAGUUAUACUCCUGGGUGCCUGUUCAGAAGCUCUGCUCACAGUCCUGUGUCUUUGGCUCAUGAGAUUAGAGUGAAAUAACCAGCACGAAGUUGCCAGCUUCUUAAAUCCAGCUUACGACCCGUCCCUGGGAGGCAGCUCACCGUGCACGAGCUCUCAGGGUUUGGUACCACCGGGCGAGCUGCUGCCUGCUGUGGUGUAUGAAUGCUGCAAGGAGGCCCAGACUGUAGGUCGCCAGAGAAGCCGAACGGUCGUGAGCCGUGGUCUCAGUCCUCUGCACAGGAAGUGGACAUGACACGGGGCACAGAAGCACAGAGAGCCCAGCUGUUAUACCAAACUGCAGAAAGGUCUCAUAAUUCAUUUGCCCAAGGCCUGCUGUGCCUGACAUUCCGAAUGCCUACAUCAAAAACAUGUAUUACAGUAACCCCUAAGUUAUGAUACACACGAUGCUGUGGGUCAUAAGGUAUUUCAGUUUGGACUUCCAAAGUAGGGAAUUUGUAACAAUUGCUUGAGGGUUAGUCUUGCAUUUGCAGUAACGAUUGCUUUCUUUUCUUCUUCUUCUGCUUCUGCUGCUGCUUCUUCUUCUUCUUCUUCUUCUUCUUCUUCUUCUUCUUCUUCUUCUUCUUCUUUUAAUUUACAAAGAAUGUGAGAGG